CCCGCCCGUCGCCUUAUGCAAGGGCUGAAGCGGCGCAACCCCGACCAAGGCGAGCGGGUCGGAAGUGUGGGCAACUCCGGGGCUGCAGAGACACAGAGAGAGAAGCCUUCGAAGGACCUCGCUCGGGGGAGAAAGAGAAGUCUCGCCUUCCUUCCUUGCUGCCUUCUUUCCUUGUGGCGGGCACGCCAAGAGCCGCCUCCUCUUUCUCCUCCUCACGCCCUCCUCUUGUUUUCUUUUCCUGGCUGGGCUUCGCAGCGGCUUUUCGACCUGUUGCCUCCCUCACCUUCUGCCCUUUUCUCCGACUUCUUUCCCGCUUCUUCCAUAGUCUCUCAGCUAACCGGGAAUCUCAAGCACCCGACUCUUACUCUUUUUAACUCCGCUCCCAACGCUGUUUUUAGAAUAUAGUGUUACAUUAAGUGGGUCGCAGUUUCCUUUAAUUGCUGUAUUUCAAUAUGAAUAUCAUGUGACUGCAGGCUAGUUCCCAAGUUGACAACAAAAUAGGACUGGAGGUUUGUUCUUAAGUAUGUCGGAGCAAGUACAUUUAAAGUGUAACUCCACCCAUAUGUAUAUAUGAGAGAGAGAGAGCGUGCAUGCUUUGGAUUACACAAGGAAGGGUCCCCCCCCCCCCCCCGUGGGGAUUUUUUUGCUCUCUGUGGCCCUGUUUGGAAAAUUUCCCCUCACUUUCUAUCCCUGUGAUAAUUGAAUUUAAACAUUUUGGCUUGUGGAAACAAGGACUGGAGGUAAAGCUUCAGUGGAGACGCCUUUUCCCCAGGAUAACUCUUCCAGGCAUGAAUUUCCCUUCCUUCUGAGAAGAUUUCUCUCACUUCCUGUUGUCUCACUCCCAUUCUUAACUAUCAGUUAAGUUAUAAUUCCGUGACUGCUUGUACAAAGUUUCUGGUGUGGUAUAGCUGAUGUAUAGUAUUAGACUUCUUUUUUAAUACUUACUCUCAAAUUACCUUUAUAGGGCAUCUAUCAAACUCCAUAGGUGCCGGUUAACUGAGAGUCUGGUGUACUAGUUGUACAGAUUGCACUGGCUGUCCCUCUUUUGGAGAGGCCAGGCUGAGGCAUUUGGUGUUGUUGUUUCUUCGGAAGAGAGCCACCAAAGGAACUGCUCCUGCCUCCCUGGCACCGGCCCAAUGUCCCCCUUUUGGUCUUGGGUGACGGGAGUGGCAACCGGGCUUGUGGCCCUGCACAUGCUCCAAAGGCUCUGCUUCCCUUAUUUUUGGCUGGACCUGAAGUUCCUGCUGAAAGCCCUCCGAUAUGGGUUGGCCGUGGAGGGCUGCAGGCUGAGAGGCAGGAUUUGCACAGUGCUGGACAAGUUCAUGAGGAUGGCGGAGAAGCAGCCCGACAAGCCCUUCUUGGUCUAUGAAGGGAAGGUCCACACCUACAAGUCUGUGGACAAGCAGAGUAACAGAGUGGCACAGCUUUUCCUCAAGGAAGGGGUCCUGAAACGUGGAGAUACUGUGGCCCUGCUGAUGAGUAAUGAGCCAGAUUUCGUCCAUGUGUGGUUUGGACUGGCCAAAUUGGGAUGCGUGGUGGCCUUUCUCAAUUUCAACAUCCGCUCCAGGUCCCUCCUCCAUUGUAUCAAUAGCUGCGCGCCCAAGAUGGUGAUCGUGGGAGCAGAUAUGCUUGGGACCUUAGAGGAAAUCCUUCCAAGCCUCCAAGAGGAUAUUAGGAUUUGGGUGAUGACAAAAGAUUCCAGUCUUCCACGUGUUGAUUCCAUUUUAGACAAGCUGGAAGUUUCCUCUGAUAAUCCUGUACCAGAUAGCCUUCGUACUGCUAACAGCCUAAAGGAUCCUCAUCUCUAUAUUUUUACGUCAGGAACAACAGGUUUACCAAAGCCUGCAGUUAUCAGUCAUUUGCAGACCCUUAAAGGAGCUGCUGGAAUGUGGGCAUUUGGUGUUACUCCUGAUGAUAUCAUAUAUAUAACCCUUCCUCUUUAUCACAGUGCAGCUUCUCUCCUUGGUAUUGGUGGAUGCAUUAAUCUGGGUGCAACUUGUGUUUUAAGAAAGAAAUUUUCAGCUAGUCAGUUCUGGAGUGACUGCAAAACAUAUAAUGUUACAGUUAUUCAGUAUAUUGGAGAACUAUGUCGUUACCUGUGCAAACAGCCUAUGAAAGAAGGAGAGAGAAAUCAUAAAGUUCGCAUAGCAGUUGGAAACGGAGUAAGAACAGAUGUCUGGAAGGAAUUUUUACACCGGUUUGGUGACAUCAAGAUGUGUGAAUUUUAUGGUGCAACUGAAGGAAACAUUUGCUUCAUGAAUCACACAGGCAAAGUUGGAUCUGUGGGCCGAACAAAUUUCUUUUAUAAGCUCUUUUUCCCUUUUGAUUUGAUUAAGUAUGAUUUUCAAAAAGAGGAGCCAAGCAGAAAUAAAAAUGGGUGGUGUGAAAGAGUUAAGAAAGGUGAGCCUGGGCUUUUACUAUCCAAAGUGAAUUCAAAGAAUCCUUUCUUUGGGUAUGCUGGCAAUAAACAAGACACGGAGAAGAAGUUAAUCUGUGGUGUAUUUAAGAAGGAGGAUUUUUAUUUCAAUACUGGAGAUCUGCUUGUUCAAGAUGAAGAUGACUUUCUUUACUUUUGGGACAGAACAGGGGAUACAUUCAGAUGGAAAGGGGAGAAUGUUGCAACUACUGAAGUUUCAGAUGUCGUUGGUAUGUUGGAAUUCAUACAAGAAGCCAAUGUUUAUGGGGUUUCUGUGCAAGGUUAUGAAGGCAAAGCAGGCAUGGCCUCUAUCAUCUUAAAACCCAAUAAGUCCUUAGAUGUGGAACAGCUGUAUGAACAUGUGGUGACAUAUCUGCCCAGUUAUGCUCGUCCACUAUUUCUAAGAAUCCAGGAAAUAAUGGAUGUUACAGGAACUUUCAAGCAACAAAAAUUUCAGUUGGUGGGUGAAGGAUUUAAUCCAUCUUCCACCAGUGACCCACUUUAUUUUUUGGACAAUUCUAAAAAGUGUUACAUAUUAUUAACUGAAGAACUGCAUGAAAAUAUUGUAUCUGGCCAGGUGAAACUUUAAUGUUUAUUUAUUGGCAAAAAUUAAUGAAAUCUACUGCACAAGAUAUAACUUUAAAUAAGCUUUGUUAAUUAAAUGAAUGGGAUUUCCAGGGUUAAAUUUCUACACUGCAGAAAUUGUAGAGAUAAUUUGGUAUUUGCGGGUAGAGGGUUUAUUUUUUAUUACAAGUUGAGCAUCCUUCAUCUGGAAAUGUGAAAUUCAAAAUCAAACAUUGUCCACAUGGGUGGCUGAGUUAAUGACAUCUUUGCUUUCUGAGGAUUCAGUGUACACAGAGUUUGAUGUGUUUUUAAGUUAUAGUGUAUUACCCGUAUAUACUCGAGUAUAAGCCAACCCAAAUAUAAGCCGAGGCACCUGAUUUUACCAGAACAAACUGGGAAAACUUAUUGACUCAAGUAUAAGACAAGGGUGGGAAAUGCAGCAGCUACUGGUAAAUUUCAAAAACAAAAACAUUAUACCCAUAAAAUUACAUUAAUUGAGGCACCAGUAGGUUAAAUGUUUUUAAAUGUUUACAUAAAACUGUAAUGCAAGAUAACACCCGAGUAUAAGCUGAAAAAGGGCUGAAAAACUCAGCUUAUACUUGAGUAUAUACAGUAAUAUGCAAACCCUUCCAUAUACAAAUUAUUAAAAAAUAAAAUCACCUUUUUGCUAUGUGUAUAAAAUGAAACAUAAAUGAAUUUUGUGUUUAGACUUGGGUUUCAUCUCCAAGAUUUUUCAUUAUGUAUAUAUACACAAAUACAGGUAUUCCAGAAUAAAAAAAUCGCAAAUCCUUCUGGUCCUAAGCAUUUUGGAUAGAAUUAAUUCAAUCUGUAUCUUUUUCUGUUUUGUCCAUCAAAGACUUGUUUUUCUGUUUUGUCCAUCAAAGACUUGCUGUCCCAUGCAAUCUUAUGCCUGUUACUUAAAAUAAGUAUGUGAUUUUAUACAGCUUGGACCCAAAGUAGCAAAGCUUUUCAGCUUAUGCUAACCCCCUGUACUCAAUUUUUGGUGAUCCUCUCUUCUUGCUGUAGCCCUUUCUUUUCUAUAUGCCAGUGUAUAAAUCAUGGGGCCCUCUACAUGUUGUUGGACGGUAGCCCCCAGCAUUUCUUAUCAUUAACUAUGCUGGUUAGGUUGGUGUGAAUUAGAGUCAAACAAUUUCUGGAGGGUCAUAGGAUUCCCACUCCAUAUGCCAUUCUGCUCUGGAAAAUCCCCAUCCUCAGAUGUUCAGGUGCUACAGAAUGAAAAGAGGGCCCUAAAAACCACAGUUCCAGAAAUAGAAUACCUGUAAACAGAGACAUGAAUUAUAUCAACAAGUAAGAUUUCUGCUUCCUCAAUGCAUUUCAUAUUCAAUCCCCAAACUAAUAGCAUUUCAGAGUGAGUCACCAAAAAUCUUUCACAUCUAGAUCUCUUACAUUUGUUGUGUUCACACUCCCUUGAAACUUUGCCUGCCUCUUUUAUUUGGGUUUCUAAACUCUAUUUCUGAAUACCCAACUGAAGUCUUAAGAUACUGCAAUGCUAGAAAUUUGGAGAGUGAAGGACAAGUUCAUGGGAAUGCAGAAUAUUUUAUGGGGGAGACAAUGCCCUCACAGGCAUGUUAUUUGGUAUUCUUUUAAACAAAGGAGGGAAAUGUGCCCGAAACAGCGUCAACCCUAAAGGGAACCUGUGCUGUUCUUCUGUGCCUUCAAGUCCUUUCCUAUUCAAAUCCUUUAUCUAGCGUGACCCUGCCAUGGAUUGUCUUGCCAAUAUUUGUUCAGAAGGGGUUAGUCAUUGAGGCUGAGAGAGUGGAUUUGCCCAAGGUUAUGCACUGGGUUUCAUUGGUCGGCUAGGAGUCAGACCUUAACCUAUACUAGACCUUAUUCGCUCUCCAAGGAGAAACUAAAAAGCUCCUUUGAUUUUAGGGUGCAUUCAUUAAUUUUAAUCAAUUUAAAUAUCUGAUGCCAGGCAUAUUUCUCUGCCCCUUAUGCUUGCAGACGAAAAACACUAUUAUUUAAACAGGAAUUUUACAGUUAAUUGACUGUGAAGAGUCAUUUUUAAAUUAAUACCUUGUUAUAAUUAGAUUUUUAGCUUUACCUUGUUUUAAACUUAUUCAGAUUUGACUUGGAUCUCAUUUUGGAAUAAAGUUGUGAUAUAAAUAAUAAAACAUAAUAAUAAACUCUUUUUUAGUUUUAAAA